GCGCGAAAGCUCAAAAAAAUUCUAUUCGGAGUGCAGAACAGGCGGGAGGAAGGUGGAACCGACCGGCCAACUAUCAUCUAAAUGCGAUUUAAAACAUCAAAGUAGCAUUGCCAUACGGACAUUUACGUUUGUUCGUCUGGUGUGGGUGCCGAGGUUUGAUGAAACGCCGUUUUCUCGGUUUUUCCUGAAAAAACGGAGUAAACAAUCCGGCCGAAACGAUGAGUCUGGUUCUCUCUCAACAACAGGCUGAGGGUCUCCCAGCGGGGAUCCAGACAGCAGCCGAGAGUGAUUCAGACAGCGGAAUGGGCUCUCCAGCAGAGGAGAUGGUGACCGAGUCAACCAACACUAGAGAAGAGUCUCCAGACUCCGACGAGGAUGAGAACAUCACAGUCCACAGGAAACCUCGCCGCAAGGCCCUCAGCGACAGCGAGGACGAGCAGGAAGUUGCUGACAGCAGUGUAGAUAUGGCUGAAGCACUUGUCCUGUCUGCAUCCAGUGGAGAGGAGAUGGAAACUAGAGAUGCAGAAGAGGAUGAGGAGAAAAAGAAGGGAACACAAAAGAGCAAGAGAAUAGCUCUUGCUCCCAUUGACAGUGAGGAGAGUGACGUUGAGCCAGAGGAGGAUGGAAAAGUUAGAGAGCAGCAGCAGGAAGAGGCGAGGAAAGAAGUAAAGCCAAUGAAGGAGGGGAAGAAGAGAGACAAGAGCCAGAGGCAUCGUGAGAAAAAAGAGAGGCGGAGCAAAGCAGUGGAGAAACUGAAGAAGAAAGAGAGGUUUUCUGAAACGGACGAGAGCACACCUCCACCUCAGGCUCUGAAUGACAGCGGCUGCCUGUUAGGCGACACUGACCUGUUUGACGCAGGUCUGGAUGAUGAAGACGAGGAGGAAGAGUCUCUGGAUGCCAUCCGAGCUGCUGUCACACAGAAGGUCAAAAAGCAUAAGGAGACUCUUCUGAAUGAGGAGGAGGGAGAUGAAGAUGAAGAGGUGUCAAAGAAACCUCAGCGUGCGGAAAGGAAAGCUGCACGUGCCAGCAAAGAGGCCAUGAAGCAGCUUCACAGUGAGUCUCAGAGGCUGAUCAGAGAGUCGACCCAUGGCUUGCCCUACCACGUCCCUGAGCCAAAGACCAUAGACCAGUUUUUUAAGAAGAGAGUCAGGCCAGAGGGUCCAGCCAUGGCUUUGCUGAAAUCUGCUAAAUAUUCAGCCAUUAUACUGGAGGCCACACCAGCUCCUCCUCCACCUCCUGCCAACCCGCCCACUGAGCCCCCAGUACCCCAGCAGCCAUCCGCACAGCAAGACUCUUCUCCUUCUCUGGAUCUGUCAUCCACCCACAUCCAGACUCUACCUCAGCCCGCCGCUACCUCAUCCCCACAGCAGGAGAGCCUCAGCCAGGCCAGAGAACAGCCUGAAACCCUGGAUCCCAACCAGGAAUCGGGCCCGAUGCUCUACCUGUCCGAGAGCCUCCAGGACUCGAUGACGGUAGACGGUGCCGAAGUCAAAGCUGCUUCCAGCCCUGAGGAAGAAAUCUCUGCUGCUCCGGUUGAGCAAAGCCAGACUGUGGCCUUGCCUGAUUCUCAAGCCCAGAGGGUAGAAGCUGGAGCUGGGCCUUCGGAUCCGCCUGUAGCUCCUCAGUCUGAGGAUCCUGAUCCAGCUGGUGUGGAGCCUGUAGCGCAAGGCCCCGCCAAGCCCAAGAAGGACAAACUGGCCCGACUGAGAGAGCUGGGGCUGGAGCCUCCACCUGUCGCCAAACUGUGUGCUGAUGAUGGAUCCUUCGUUCACCUGGAGCCCCCACAGCCCAACCUUGGUGUGGAGGCCCUGAAGGAGCGCUUCCUCCGCCACGUCCAGCCCCUGUUGCGUCCCCAAGGAGAGCGCACGAUGCAGCUCACCAUCGUUUGUAAAGACAGUGCCCCCUCUGGACAGGAAGAGUUGCACACUGAGUCUGUUACUGUCACUGUUAAAGAGGGAGAGGAGCAGCUUGUGGUCACCAAACCUGGAGAGAAGCUGCUAACUCUGAAGCAGCGUCUGCAGCAAGCCAUGGCCCUGCGGAGACAGGAGGAGAGGGCACGCAAGGCCGCCCUGCAUCGCCUUGACAAUGAAGACUGUGAGGAAGAGGAGGAGGAAGAGAUGACAGAUGAGUCUGAGGGAGAGGAGGGUGUAGAGGACUUACUGGGAGGUGAGGAAGAGGAGGAGCAGCAUGAAGACGAGGCAGAGGAAGAGGAGGGAAGCGCUGUGGCCCAGACUAUCAGGAGCCCGUCUCCUGUGGCGCUGAACGGACCCUCCCCUCUGCCUGACCUCCUCAACACAGACGGCACACUCAUGCUGUUUGCUGGAAACUCCUGCUCUCGCACCGGUGAUGGUGUAAGAAGGGCGGGUCCCUUGGGGCAGGACAGCAGUAGUAAGAUGGAAGAGGAUGACUCUCUUUCUCUGGCAAAGGACAACAGCCACAACAGCAGCUUUGAACUGGCGGGCUCCAUGAUCACCUCCUACCAGCCUGUCAAUCACCAGCGCUCCACAGGAAGGGGCGCAUUAAACUCUUCCAUGUUCCGCUCCCCUUCUCCCUGCUUCUUCAGGCCCAGCUUCCACGGCUCUGCUUCUAAGAGCUCUGGCAAACUGUCCGAGCCCUCCCUGUCUCUGCCUGUUGAGGACUCCCAGGACCUUUACGGCCCUUCUUCUCCCGGCACUGACUCGGGGCCCCUAGUUGGGGCGGCUCCUGGCCCUGGCCUGGGAGGAGACUCCCAAGGUCAUUUCUCCCUGGAAGAUGACACCCAUUCCCAGUUGCUUGAUGCGGACGGCUUCCUGAACGUGGGGCCCCGUCCCGGUGCACCUCAGUCUCACAAGAGGCAGUUGAUCCUGGACAGUCUAGAUGAGAAUGCAAUGGACGCCAACAUGGGGGAGCUGUUAGGGCUGUGUUCGGGUGUUUUUGGGACGGCAGAAAGGGCCUCUGGGAAGGCCGGACGCCUUGGAGCAACACAGGAGGAUGAGCUGCUUGGGUUGUGUUCAGGGGCAUUCCCGACAACACAGGCUGGAGAGGAGCAGACAGAAACGGAAGACAAGAAGGAGGAAGGACAGGAGGAAGACACUAAAAUGGAUGAGCUGCUGGGCCUGUGUUCAGGCAAAUUCCCAAGUCCAGAUGUGUCUCCUUUGCGGCCAAUUUCAAGUCCUGCUCACAUGGCCUCGACCGGACAAGACAGUAAGAAGAAGCCUGAAGAGGAAGCGGAAGAGGAGGAGGAGGACUGUGAGUUCCGACUUCUAUCAGACGUGGAAAGUGAACAGGAGGACGACAAUGAAGAUGGAGAGGAGGAUGAGGCAGGUGACGCUGAGGAAGAGGACGACAAUGAGGUGGAAGAAGAGGAGAUGCAGCCUCUGUUUGCAUCCCACCGGGUUAAGAAAAAGAAGAAAAUGCACAUAGCUGACUACCUGGAGUCCGAGGCCGAGCUGUCGGGCAGCGACGAUGGCAGCGAUGAUGAGGAGGGCGACGGAGAGAGUGAGUACGAGGAAGAGGAGGCUCUUGAUGAGCUUCCCUCUGAUGAAGAACUGCAGGACCAGGUCAACAAAAUCCACAUGAAGCAGGUACUGGAUGACGAUAAGCGUCGUCUGAGGCUGUACCAGGAGCGCUACCUAGCUGAUGGCGACUUGCACUCCGAUGGCCCGGGACGAGCUCGACGCUUUCGCUGGAAGAACAUCGACGACAACUUCGACAUGAACAGGACUGGUGUAGAGGGUGAGGAAGAGGAGGAGGAAGACAUCGUGGACCAGACGGAGGUGCAGAGGAGGAAGGACAGACUGGAGAGAGAGCAGUGGCUCAGAGAGCAGUCGGAACUGAAAGCCAAGAAAGGCGAGGAUUUGGAUGCUGACGAUGAGAAGAUUGGAGAGGAAGACAGCCACUUCAUGAAGCUGGCCAAGAAACUCACUGCCAAGACACUGCAGAGGAAAGAGCCCCCUGUGGUCCCCCAGCCAGAGAAAAAGACUGCAGCUGUCAAUCCGUUCCAGAGACCCACACAGCCCUCACAGGUGAGGAGAGGUUCACUGCUGAGCCAGCCUCGCUCCGUCCUGCAGAAGCUGGCAAUGAUCUCAGAGGGGAACCCGCUUGCGCCCAGAAACAGCCGGGGCUUCCUCUUUCAAACACUGUCGCCUGAGAAGAGCGUCCCAACCUCUGACGCUCCUCAGAAACAAGUGAAGAGGAGGGGACCAGUGGAGGCUGUGAACCCGGCAGCCAAGAGGGCCUGCAGGGCGGGGAACAACCCCAGCGGACAGGCGACAGGCCCCCAGAGGAGCAUCUUCAGCUUCCUGGAGAACUGAGCAGGCAGAACAUGAAGUGAAUGAUAAUCAGCAGCAGCAGCGGGCUGGGAAACUUACCUCUGUGUUCCACCUGCAUGGAUUCCCGAGUUCACCAGCUGCUGUUUUACCAGCCAGCAAGACUUUUAAAACUGAAAGAGGGUCUCCCACUUGAUGGUUGUCAGAGAUCCUCACUUCUUUGUCCAGAAUUUAAGUUAAAGAGAAACACACACACAGAGGAUGGUUGUGUUUGUGUAUUUACCUUCGCUGACUUGAAACUAAAGGACACCUGUGAAGCAUCUUUUGGUGCUUUACCUGGUGAGCUUUUUUUUUUUUUCCACACACACGUAAACAUCCUCUCCAACGCUCCAACAUGUGUGUCGUUUCUCAGUCACAAUAAUCUGCAGUGCCCGUAAAGGCAUUCCGUCGCUUUGUACUUGACUCCGUUUGAAAUGUUUUAUCAUGUAAAUAGAAUUGAUUUGUUUUAAAUGGUUUGAAUAUUUUUUUUUUUAAUGAGGAUUUAAUUGUAUUUGUUUUACAUUGUAAAUAAAAGUGUAUUUUAAGA